AUGUCGGCCUCGGCUGAAACGAUGGACAAGGAUGAAGCACGAGGCUUCCUCGAGUCUCUGCUCAACAAGCAGCUUCGCAUUCACACAACAGACGAGCGCAUGUUCUGGGGAGAAUUCAAGUGUACCGACCCAGACCGGAAUAUAGUUCUCGCACAUACCUACGAGUAUCGCCAGCCCUCGCCCGAACAGCGAGCCAAAGCAGCAGCUGCUUCCAGCGCGGACGCCACGACUAUCAAGAUGGAGCUGACCCACCGCUAUCUCGGGCUUGUCGUUGUUCCUGGGGAGCAUAUCACGCGCAUCGAGAAGGAAGACUUCGCUAGCCAGGUGAAGAGGGGGUGA